CAGGUUUGAUUAUGUCGAGCAUUACGGCUUGCGUUAGGUUCAGGCCUUUGAGCAUCAGAGAGAAAAAUGAUCACGGCGACUCGGUCUGUGUUCGCUGCAUAGAUUCGUAGAGUUUCGCCUUUGAGGAUGAGAAGAAAGUAAAGUUUACGUUUAGGUUUGAUAAGGUGUUUUACGAAACCUCGGAGCAAGCUGAGGUGUAUGAAUUUCUAGCCCUGCCUAUUGUUAAAGACUGGAGCUGGGAAGACUUAUAGUAUGGAGGGACCUAGCCUAAUGACAUGCGAUGAGAAGGAGAGAGGAUUAGUUCCGAGAGUAGUUAAUGGACUGUUCGAUUGCAUAAAGUCAUUUGAAGGACUAGUGAAAUACUCGAUAAAAGUUUCAAUGGUAGGGAUCUACAUGGAAAAAGUAUGGGACCUCUUUGAUUUGUCAAAAGACAACAUACAAAUUGAUGAAAGUAAAGAGCAGGCAGUAGUAAUGUUAGACGGAGUGACAGAGAUCUCUGUAUCCAAUCCUGCAGAAGCAUUACAGACCCUAUCUAGAGGGGUAGCUAACAGAACUGCUGGAGAGGCCCAGAUGAACAUGCCCAGCAGCAGAAGUCAUUGUAUUUACCUAUUCACAGUUCAGCAAGAAUUAAAGAAAUAUAGCAGGCUGAAAACUGGCAAAUUGAUUCUUGUGGACUUGGCUGGUUCUGAGAAAGCAGAGAAAACUGGAGCCAAAGGAAAAGUUCUUGAAGAAACCAAGACAAUCAACAAAUCUCUCACAGCCCUUGGAAAUGUGAUAAAUGCUCUCACAUGUGGUUUACCAGACAAAGCAAAUCACAUUCCAUAUCGUCAUUCCAAACUCACUUGGCUUUUACAAGAUGCGCUAGGAGGGAAUUCCCAAACUGCAUUGUUGUGCUGUUGCUCACCAAGCCUUUCAAAUGCUUCGGAGAGUCUGUCCACUCUUCACUUUGGAAUGAGAUGUGUAGAUCCUGCUCCGGAUUUUGAACUUAUUUUUAUUCAAUUUCCACAUCAAAAUUAUUGUCUCUCUGUUAUAUUGGAAGCCAACGACACAGUGGACACAAUCAAGGCUAAAUACAAUCGUGAAUACGAACACCAUAUCAAUAGUUUGGGCCCCCAAUACACACUUCUAUUCAAAGGCCGAGCAUUGACUGUAGAUGAUGACCUCCAGAAGUUAGGCAAGAAUUCAUUUCUUUACGUAGAGCAAGCUAGCGCUGAGAAUUUGAAUGAGGGUAACACUGCAUCAACUGACACAGGCCAAGGGCAGCAAGCUAGAGCUGAGGAUUUGAAUGAGAGUAACACUUCAUCAACAGACACAGGCCAAGGGCAGCGAGCUAGAGCUGAAAAUUUGAUUGAGAGUGACACUGCAUCAAAGGACACAGGCCAAGGGCAAGAAAACAAACUGACCCCAAUAGAGAAGUCUGCAAAGAGCUUAUUCAGUGAAGAUGAGUAUGGGUAUGGUUUCUUCCCAGAGGGUAUGGAUAGCCCUCAAGCCCGAAAUGAAACUUUGGGUGCUGCGAUCAUCUUCCUCGAAAAAUUCAGGAAGUACUCCUUCAUAUCUGCAACAUCCAAGAAUUCCAACAGAAGAGUGACAAGUCAAUUUCUGCCAGCAGAAUAUGCCCCAAUUACAUGCAAGUGUUGGACUGCAUUGGUUCAUUCCUUAGUGCUGCAUCUGGCAACAAAUGAGUGGUGUUCUGAGUUGCCUCCACUUGAUACCCCUGAAAACCAAGAGGAAACCUUGAUUGCUGUGACAAAAUUCUUCAAAGAUUUCAGAUUGUCCAUGUAUCAUCAUCAUGGUUACCCGACAAGACAAAGCACAGGUCCAAAAAGUUACGAGUCAACAGAAUAUGCCCCUCUUAGAUGCAAGUAUUGGACUCCUUUUGCUCAUUCAGCACUGCUUCACUUGGCCACCUGCAAAGAAAAGUCCUUGGACAAUUUCUGCAGUUCUCUGAUUUGUUAG